AUGGGAGCAAGGAAAAAGGAAUUUUCUCCUGCUCUGCAAUCACAAACAACACAAACUGUACGAGUAGUUAUUGUAGCGUUAUUACUAGAUCUCUUGGCUUUUACUAUUAUUUUACCGCUAUUUCCUAGGCUAUUACAGGAUUAUCGCGAAAGAGAACAAGGCGAUGAGACAACUUUGUUAAGCUGGUUUCUUCAUCAAAUACAUAAUUUUAAGCAAUUAAUUGGUGGAAGUAACAAUCCAAAAUGGGAUUUAGUACUUCUCGGUGGUGCAUUAGGUUCUUUAUAUUCUUUUUUACAGUUUGUGGCUUCUCCAAUUAUCGGUGCUCUUUCUGAUAAAUAUGGAAGACGUAAUACUUUAUUAGUGACUAUGAUCGGAAAUAUCCUUUCAACCAUUAUAUGGCUUUUUUCUAAAUCGUUUGGAUUUUUUGUAUUAUCCCGAAUUGUCGCUGGAUUAAGCGAAGGCAAUGUUCAAUUGUCAAUUGCAAUUAUCUCAGAUGUUACCUCAAAAAAAUCAAGAUCUAAAGGAUUGUCAUUAGUAGGAAUUGCUUUUUCAAUCUCCUUCACAGUUGGUCCUGCUAUAGGCGCUUAUUUCUCUUCUAUGGAUUUAUCACAAUCUUUCCCUCAAUUUGUUAAAUGGGGUUUAAAUCCUUAUUCUAUGUCUGCCUUAGUUGCUCUUACUUUAUUGAGUAUAGAAACUUUAUAUUUGUAUCUGUUUUUGCCUGAAACCGUAACCCUUUAUCACAAAUCUCAAAGUUCUCAAUCUGAUAUCAAUCACUUUUCAAACUCUUCAAAUUCUUAUAAUCAAACAAACUCAAUAUCACAACGUCUUAAAAAUUUAAGGAAUUUAAAUUGGAUUCAUUUUCUAUUUCUUUUUAUCUUUUCUGGGAUGGAAUAUACUCUCACUUUCUUAACUUUUGAUCUAUUUAAUUUCACUAAUAUGCAAAAUGGAACUUUAUUGGGAUAUAUGGGAAUAUUAUCUUCAAUCCUUCAAGGUGGAUAUGUUCGUCGUAUGGCUCAUGAAGUUGGUGAAAAACGUCUUGUUGUUCAAGGUGUAUUAUGUUGUGCAAUUUCUUUAGCUGUAAUUUCUGCUUUAACAAAAACUUCAAACGGAAUCAUGUGGCUUUACGUUGGUUCCACGUUUUUAGCUUUCACUUCAGCAACUGUCAAUAUUAAUAACAAUUUAACUAGUGAUAAUUCGAAAUUUAAAAUAAAUAAUUCUGAACCUAUAACUCGUAUAGCUAAAGGACAAGCUUUAGGAAUAUAUCGAUCAUUUGGACAACUAGGUCGUGCGGCUGGUCCAAUAAUGGCUUGUGGAUUAUAUUGGAUGGUUGGAUCUGAAAAAUGUUAUGGGUUAG